CGCAGUUAUCGUCGUGAUAUGUAAACUUUUCAGAAGCUCUUUAAAACGAGAAGAGAAAGAGACAGACAAAGAGAGAAAGACAGAGAAAGAGACGGAAACAGAGAGAGAAAGAGAGAGAAAGGAAUAGUCAUUUAAUCGUGAAAAAUUUUACAAGGAAGAAAGGGACGACAUAGUGAAGCUCAAGGAUACGUAUUCGAAUAUAUGAAAAAUUCGUGAGAGUGUAAUUUUUCGUUGUUAUGGGAUACAAAAGAUACCUGAUUAAUUUGAUGCUAGUGAAGUUGUCACGAUGUGUAGCAAUUAUCAAUCAUUUCGGAUAAAUUCAAAUAUGGCACCGAAUAUCACAAGCAGCCCUACGGGAGUUCUGUUCGAAGGAGAAAACAUAGAGGAUCAACCAGUCGAAAUAAACAAGGAAAAAGAAAUAUAUAAAAGACGUAUAGUUUGGAGAAAUGUUGCGAUAUUUAGCGGACUACACAUCGGUGCUAUUUAUGGCGUCUAUCUUGCACUCACAUCCGCCAAAUUGUUAACAACGCUUUUUGCCUUCAUACUUUACCAGUGCUCAGGUAUAGGUAUCACAGCAGGAGCACAUAGAUUAUGGGCGCACAGAUCCUACAAAGCAAAGUGGCAACUUCGAUUAAUUCUUAUUAUAUUUAAUACCAUAGCCUUUCAGGUAUGAGAGAUAAUCUAUUCGUUUAUU